AUUUAGUUCUCGACAGGCUCUACAACUGACACAACAACUGAAGAUGUCUUCUAAUAAGCUGCUGAAUGUGUGCUUGCUGCUCGGCUGUCUCUUGGCAUUGGCUGCCGCACAGCCCUAUUUAACACCUCGCAAUUGCUCAAGUCAUGAGACGUAUCUGACCUGCGGACCCAGCUGUCAGACCGAAUGCGCCACGUUGGGUAAACCUUGUUUAAUCCGCCACUUUCGCUGCCCCGAUGAUUGUUACUGCGAUGAAGGAUUCGCUCGCAACGCUGCUGGCACCUGUAUUCCUAUCAGUCAGUGCUAAAAGUAAGGACGCGAUCACAAUAACCGAGUAGAUUGAAAACUGAUUAAACAGCUGCUUAAUUGUUAUAAUUACUUUUGUUAUUUUACUCGUGUUUAUUUUGUUAAAUUUCAAGUAAAUCGGGUUUAAUGAAUUGCA